GCCUAAUAGGAUAAUCCUCUCUUCUUGGGCUUCUUGUCUGUUAUGGCUUUAAGCUUCUGCUUCAAAGCUUCACUCAACCAACAGCUACAAGUGAAGGUGAAUUCUAGCAACAACAAAUGUCUGCAAAAAAUCAAAAACCUCACAAAAACCCUCACAGUUCCUUCAAUUUUUUUCCUCCCCGCACGAAUCUCUCCAAAAGGGGAACUGGGUUAAGCUUAUAUGUGGUGCCAGCUUCGAGGUGCGAGAAAGUUGAUUGCAUUGACUGUGCUGCGGACGCUUCGGUAGUGAGCGCUGUGAAUGAAGGAAUUGAGGCGGCUAGAGAGAUUGUGCCGCUUCGAAGACCUUGGGUAAUGAUCAGUGUUAACGAUAAUGAAGAUCUUCAUUUUCGCAAAGCCGAAUUUGAUCCAGCAGACUGUCCUCCAGAUUGUUCAAGGCCAUGUGAGGUGGUUUGUCCUGCUAAUGCAAUUUCACUGGUAGAAGGGAAAUCAACAGUAGAACUUCCCCACAGUACAAGAUCACCUGGUGCAUUGAAGGGUGGAGUUAUAACCGAACGCUGCUAUGGCUGUGGCCGGUGCUUUCCUGUUUGCCCAUUUGACAAAAUAAGUGUAGUUACAUAUGUAAGAAAUGCAACUGCCACAACUGAACUUCUCAAGAGAGACAACGUUGACGCUGUAGAGAUACAUACAAGUGGAAGGCAGAGUGCUUUCUUUAGAGAACUUUGGAAUCAUUUGGGAGAUGCAAUUAGGUAUCUGAGACUGGUAGCAGUUAACUUACUUGAUAUCGGGGAUUCCACGAUAUCUUCAAUGAACACAAUGUACUCUAUCAUGGAACUGCAGUUGGAUUGCUACAACUUAUGGCAGAACUUUAGCUCGGGUCCACGUGAGUGAUGGACCAUUGUGGGGCUCAAUUCACGUGGAAUUUCAUCCGACUACGCUUUCAGUUUCUGCUGAUUUCUGGAUUUUCAAAUGCAAGCCCAGUCUUCUGCUAAGGAAUAUUUUGCUAAGCCCAUUACAUAGGAUGGGUUGGAGUCUCUAGGAGACAUUUCCAUAACAGCUGUUAAAAAUAGUUUUUAAUUAUUUUUUAGAAUAAAUUUUUGUUUGAUAACUAAACAUGAAAGCGGUUAUUUUAAUUAUUUUUCGUUUACCUAUUA